AUGGUUUUGAGGUUUAUUCUCUUUGUUCCAUUCUUGAUUACGGUGGUGAAAAGUAUUCCGAUUGACAAUGGAGUUGAAGGAGAACCCGAAAUUGAAUGCGGUCCCACAUCAAUCAAUGUCAAUUUCAACACCAGAAACCCCUUUGAAGGACACAUUUACGUAAAGGGACUCUUUGCGGAUCCAAAUUGCCGACGAGAGGAAACUGGAGGAAGAUCGAUCGCCGGAAUCGAGCUUCCAUUUGACACUUGUAAUGUACAGAGAACCCGCUCACUCAACCCAAGAGGAAUCUUUGUUUCAACAACGGUUGUCAUCUCGUUCCACCCACAAUUCAUCACUAAAGUCGAUCGGAUGUACAAGCUGGAAUGCUUCUAUAUGGAGGCCGACAAGACUGUCUCCACCGAUUUGCAUGUUUCUGAUCUCACUACAGCCGGUAUUGAGACGACAAUCGUACCCAUGCCAAUUUGUCGCUAUGAAUUGCAUGAGGGAGGGCCCGAGGGUCCACUCAUCAAGUAUGGAUUCGUCGGACAACAGAUUUACCAUCGUUGGGUGUGCGACACCGAGACACAAGAUACCUAUUGUAUGAUCGUGAACACUUGUACGGUUGAUGAUGGACAAGGGGAGAAGAUUCAGAUUUUGGAUGACAAGGGUUGUGCGCUGGAUAAAUUCGUUCUCAACAAUCUCGAGUAUCCGACCGAUCUCUCGGCUGGGCAAGAGGCGCACAUCUACAAAUUUGCUGAUCGACCAGACUUGUUCUAUCAAUGCCAAAUUGCCAUUACGAUCAAGGAGCCAAACGCUGAAUGCUUAAGACCAGAAUGCCCCGAGCCUGCAGGAUUUAACACUGUCAGGCUAACUGGUGAAAUCCCACCCGGGAACCCGAAUCCAAGUGCUGGGGCUGAAGCGGAAGCCGAAAAUGCGGGGAACACAGAAGUGGAGGCACCGUCAGCCAGGGGACGUGGUGGAAGGAGAUUUAGAAGAGGAACAGCUGAGUUCGACAGAAGCAACACACUGGACGUGAGAACCGAGAUGUCGGCGCUCAAUAUUAUGGAUGAGGACGAAGCCCGUCGCCUACAGGAGAACAUCGGAAAACGCUCAGCCGACACCCAAAUGCUCCCAUCCGGUCAUCAAAUCGUUUAUCGUACAAUCUCAGAUGGUUUCUGUCUCUCACCAUUCCUUCUCUCGUUCCUUGCCUUUGCUUGUUUUAUUCUAUUCGGAGCUGUCUAUGCAAUCCGAUUCUCAAAGAUGAAGUCUUUCAAGGAA